AUGAAAGCUGCACGCACGCUUGCACGGAAGCGGCCAUCGAAGAUCGAUGGUGCAACCAAGAAGAUCAAGUACGACGCAUCGGACGACCGAGACGAGACGACGUCACUCCCAACUGUAUUGAAACAGAAAACGUCUAGAACAGCGACAGUAGAGGUGUUGGUGGAGUUGGCGUCCUCGUCAACACGAGUAUGGCGAACAUCGACUCUGAACAACAGACCCGAAUCGGACGUCGCGGAUGAGAAAUGUGGUCCCACACCGGCUGACUAUCUCGUCGCUUACGCUCCAACAUCAAGCUACGAAGAAGAAGAAGUCGAAGCUUUCUAUAUGGACCGGAGAAGUUCACCGAGAAGAUCAUGCCUUUACAAGGUCAUAAUUGGCGACUUCAACGCCAAAGUUGGCCCAAGAAGAACGCCGGAGGAACUUCACCGGGACCCACGGCCUACAAUGGAAACCAGGGAGAGGCUUCCGAGUUCACAUGACGACAAGACCAUCCAGGGAACUGCAAUUCCAGAAGCCCUCCCACGCGGACGUGGAGUCACCCGGUGGAGGGUACCAAGAGAUAGACCACAUCAUCGUCAAUAA